AUGGCUCUGGACGACUAUCGCCUGUUACCUUCCAAAGCCCACUCUUGGAUACGAUUUGUGGCUCGACGGUGUGCCAAGAAAUUCAAAUUUGUGUUGAAAAUUGAUGAUGAUGUCAAUGUCAAUUUCGAUUUGUUCACAAAACUUCUGGAAACGCGAGAAACGGCCAAAGAGCAAGUGUUAUGUUCACCUUUCAAGCAUAUUGCUGAUAGAAGGUCUAAGAGCACUUGGUAAAGUUUUAUCUUUUAUGUUAAGGUAGUAUGAGUAAAGUUAGGGCAGAACAAGGUAAGGUAUAGCAAAAUGUGUAGGCUAAUAUUAAGUAGGGUAAGGUAAUAAAGGAAAGGGUAGUGUAUGACACGGUGGGCAGUCCAAUAUUAAGUGGGGCUUUGGUGAAUAGGGUAAGAUAUAGUGGGUAGGGGUAUAUUAGGGGGCUAGGGAUUAGUAGGGUAAGUAGGAAAUAGCAAGGUGGAGUAAACAAGUAUAAGGUAGGACUAGGAUAGAUAUGAAAAUAUUAAGCAAAGUAGGAUUGGAUAGGGUAGGGUAGGUAAUAACAAAAGUCAAUUUUCUUAAAAAUUAACAGGGGGACCAAGAUCAAUUUUUCCAAAAAUUUUUUUUUGAUUUAAUACUAUCACAUUGCAUGAAAACCUUUUUAGGUACUUAUCAAAGAAGGAAUUUCCUUAUCGGAACCUCGGCUACUUUUGUGCUGGCCUCGCAUAUGUUUUGUCGACAGAUUUAUUGCCCAAAAUGCUACGGAAUUCGGCGUAUCGCCGAGUUGUUUGGGUAUGUCUUUUGCUUGACAUAGUAUUUUAAAUUUUUUUACGAUACAAAUAUAUAAUAAAUCUGUAAGAUUUUAAAAUUGUUCGUUAUAAAAGAGUAUCUUAUACCCAUAACUUUUAGCUAGAUGAUUGGUAUGUCACACAUGCUUUACUGGUUGGAGAAGACGUUCGAAUAUAUGAUAUUUGUAAGUUUAAAACCUUUAAGGCUUUAACUUUUAUAAGAAACGUUCCGAGCUUCAAAUUUAGGUCCGACUUACUUAGUUAGACCUGUAAAGGAGCCGGGCCGACUGGGCUCCCUUUCAGGUCUAGUCCGACUUGAAAAGACCAAACGGCCAAACCUCAUUUUUAGGCCAAAACAAGUCUACUAGACUUAAACGAAGGCCUACUAGGACCGGGUUGAGACGAGCUAAUCCCAAGCAAAUUUGAAAAAAUAUUCUAGACUACACCUACCCUACUCUACCCUACCCUACCCUACCCUACCCUACCCUACCCUACCCUACCCUACCCUACCCUACCCUAUCCUACCCUACCCUACCCUACCCUAACUUACCUUACCCUUAUUUACAGGGUGUCCCAAGAAAUUUGCAGGAUUUUAAAAAUUUGUAAUUCAUCUUUGAGUGAUGGUUGAAAUACCAAACUUUGUACGGUGGAAGUAUGGCCAAUGUAUAUUUUUUGUGAAGAAUUUUGGGAUUUUAGGGUGCAUAGGAGAACAUAAAUUUUCAUCUCAAAAAUGCAUUUCACACCACAAAGCAGCCAAAAACUUAGAAAUUUUUGAUGAAAAAAGUGAUUUUCAACUGAAAAUAUGUGUAUUUCGGGGUAAAGAUGGGUUUUUUCAAAAAUUCAUAACGACCUUCAUAUGCACUCUAAAAUCCCAAAAUUCUUCACAAAAAAUAUACAUUGACCAUACUUCCACCGUACCAAGUUUGGUAUUUCAGCCAUCACUCAAAGAUGAGUAAAAAUUUUUAAAAUCCUGCAAAUUUCUUGGGACACCCUGUAUAUACCCUAGACAUGAGGAACGGGCCUGAAAACCAAACCAGCUUGAUUUUUUUGCGUGCAAACGGGCCGGUCUUUUAGAAAAUUUGAAUCGGGCGAACCCUGAAAAACGUUCCUCGUGUCUAAUCUUGCCCUACCUUACCCUACCUUGUUCUUAUUUAUCCUACCAUACCCCGCUCUUUACAAGUCUAGUCCACAAUAUAAUAAAUUCCAAAAACAACAAAAUUCCGUUUCAGCUAGCCUCUACUUCGUAUCAGAAAACAUCCAAGACGCUUAUAGUCAACUAGCUCAAAUUCAACUUGGCCUACGUCCACUGCCAAUCUUCUCUCAUCUACGGCCGCGGAAGUUCUUCACCUCUCAUCGACAAACUUUCCUAUGGGAAGAGAGUCAAAAAUGCCUACUAGAGCCAUUGAUAGAGGAAAGCGAGUACUACUACAUAGAGAAUGAGGUGGAGAAGGUGAAACAGGCUUCAAGUCUAAACAACUUUUUGAUUGCACAGUAG